ACCAAGUCAACAUCCCGCCAACAAGGGUUCGUUCUCCCCGUCUUCAGCAGCCGGAUUCGUGACCGGGGGGAGCUCCAUUGCUGGACACCAAUUCGCGAUCCACCUUGGCGUUUGCUUCCACAUCUUAUUUACAAUCCAGCCAUCCUUCAUGCACUACCCUCUUUUGCCGUCUUUUGGAUAGUGUCCCUAGUCCUCUACCUACGUUAUAGGCGAUGACAUGAUUAGGAAUCAGCCCAUUAGACCUUCUCUCUCUACAUUACGACAGCUUCAUGGAUACCAUACACUCCCAAGCUGACGCCGUGCGCAGCGCCGUCUCUUCGGUGACAACAUGUACGCCCGCCAUCACAGCUCUUCUCAAGAGCCUGCUUUUACCCAAAGACGAUGCCACGGCCGCGGCAGAAAUAACAACAACAACAAAGACAGCGUCAUCAACGAGGCCGCGGUCGAGAGCAAACAACACAGCCACCAAGGCUGCCACAGCAUCAAAGAAAGAUAGCGGACUCUCGCCCAAGGAAAAGGCGACAUUGGCAACACAUGUUGUCAACGGAACCCUUCGCGCCCUGAGCGACUAUGCAAAGAACCCACCAACAACCGCGAGGCCCCCAACGCCUACCAAGCGGCCAGCGCCCCAAGAGGAGGAAUUGUUGAGGUCAGCCACGACGAGAAACCCGCUCCAACGAUGUAGCUCUACCAACUCGACACCGUUAUCUCCCCUACAGCCUCGUGCCCUGAACAGAGUCACCACUUCUCCGGCCCUCUCGAAGCGCUCUCUCUCGCCAGCCAAGGCUCCGAAACAUGACACAAACCUCCUUGCCACGGUUGAAUGCGCUCGUGUUGCCUUGGGCACUCUGCGCCAGUUACACACGUCCAGCAAGCUCACGCUCCCCGAGUUACAGUUAGAGACCGGCAUGUCUUCUCUAAUCGCCAGGUUGAUUACGCUAGGACUACACGAUCAAGCCCUCAAGGAAUUGCGCAUCUUGAAGAAGAGAUUGGAGACACCGUCCAGUUCGACAACAACAACAAAGAAGCCAACCAAGACGACUGCUACCGAACCACCCAAGACGGCGGCGCAAGUGUACACGGAGAUCCUCGAUUUCGGCCAAGUGAAAUCCUUGGGACCGGCCCUUGCUCUCGUUAUCACAACACAAAUACAGGCAUUGCGCCUCCUAUCCGCGAACAAAAAGCCAAAUGCAAUCGAGGCGGUCAUUCCUCUCUUACGCCAGGACCAUAGCUCAUCACCAACUGCCCUCCUCCUACGGUCAGCAACUGAAAAGGGCGCCGAUGUUGCCAAGAUUGCCCGCCAUAUGGAAACUCUGGCUCAAUGCAUGAUUUCCUUGACCCCCAGCGCAUCCAGCAAGGACGACACGCUCAGCAUAGAACCGCGGCUUAGUAUCUCCCCGGUAUCCGCCAUCGAGCUGCAAUGCUUUGCUUUGGAGACGAGGCUACAAUGGUGGAAGUUGGCCAAACACCAGGGUGAUGCGGAAAAGGACAUCAUCAUGCCUCUCUCUCGGUACAUGGGUGCCUUCGUUCGUCGGAGCCAGGAGAGCGGGCGCUCUACUUAUGCUACUUGCCUCUCAGUAUAUACCAGAGUUCGGUCUCAGCUCGAUACGUACGGCGCACAACUGUCCGAAGCAUCAAGGACACCUCUUUCUCAGAUUUACCAGGUUUUAGCGGUUCUGGCACGAGAGGCAGGAAAGGUGACAGAUGCAGUUUCUUGGGCGACGAAGCUCAAAGAUGGGGUCGAUGCAAAGGUGGACUCGGUCGCCAAGAUAUGCUCCAUCUCAGCGCAACUAUUGUCCCUCCAACUCAAGGACCCGGUAAAGUACUGUCAUGAUAACCAGCUUCUCGACGAGGUAGUUGCUGGUCUUUCAGGCCCCCUGCGGGGUGAUUCCAAUGACCUCGACGAGUUACUCAACAAUGUCUGCUCGGUCAGGAGGGCAGCCAUGAAGCUUCUUCUUGCUAUGUUAAAAAAAGAAAAUGAUGGGUUUGCUGAUUUUACUUCCAAUUGCCGAGAAUCCCUAGAAUCAUUCGUCCUUCAAUGUCCCCGGUUUUGUCUACGAUGGCUUGGUAAACCGCCGGAGCCCAAGAGCAGCACGAAGGACUACCUCAGAUACGAACAACGCCGUCAACUACUCCUACAGUCUAUUCAGCAUACCCUUGACUCAUCAUUCAUCGUCGUCAAGACACGCCUCGAAGAGAAGAGGUUGGAGUGGGACUUUAUGGAUUCGAUUCUUAAUGAUUGUCUUUUGCUCUUGGAAUACAUAGGGGAUAUGGGCGCUGCCGGCUCGCAGAGCAUGUACCAUGUCAAGAUUUCGCACUUCUACUAUCUACAGUAUAAUGUAUUACGACAACAAUCCACUGACCCCAAGGAUGUGGCGCCCUUACGAGCUCUCCGUCGUUCGAUCGAUUGCGUGAAGCACAGGUCGACAGCAGAGAAAGGCAAGGCGCAGCUCAUCUUGAAGUUGGAACGGAUGGCUGAGAUGGCUCGGACACUGGGCAGGAAUGAGCAGGCUCUCGCCGCGCUACAGACCAUCCGGACGAGCAUGUUGGAUGACGGGAUUCUCGAAAGUGUCGUCGGUUCACUGGCGACAGACUCGCCGCUUAUCGUGUGGCAAAGGGACGAGAAGGCCGAGACUUUAUCUCGUGCUCUGGUGGCUAUUGCAAAGAUGGAGCAUGUCUUCAUGGAUUGGACAGUGGAUCUACCAGAAGCUGAACAAGCUGCCGGACUCGAACAUCGGUUACACUACAUUCUCUUGGGUGGCAAUCCAACUAUGAGUGGAAGAAAGAGGGAGGAAGAGAUUACUCUCGAGCACCCUGUCGUGGAUGCCUUGCUCCGCAUUUAUGUCCCGACACGGUAUCCCAUACGAAGACUCCGAGUGCUGUUGGCGCUCUUGAGCUCUGCCAUUGGCAACCAGCGAAAGGUACCCGAGUUGCUUGCUAUCACUAGGGAUGCUACGCAGGUGGAACCGGAUAACCUCGGCGAAGAUGCUGGACUUGCCCGCUUUGUGCCGCAUAUGGGAGCCUUCUAUCACUCAAUCACAGCUUUGUCGGAUGGUUACUCUGAUCUUGGAGCGGUUGAACGAUGCCUUGAGACGUGGAAAUCGAUUGUCAAGACUUGUCAAACCAAAACGGAUGUGGAGCGAUCAAUCGACGAUAUUCCUGGCCUUCUGGAUCACCUGCAGGCCAUGGCUGACUUUCUCCGUUUGAGCGGUCACGAUAAAAUGGUAGCUAUGGUCCUGGAACUGACGGCGGAUAUUGCCAGACUAGCGGACGGCCCCAGGCUGGAAGACAUUGUUCAGCAUGCCUCAACGCUGGCUCUGCAAUACACCAAUCUGGGGCAAUCCAUAAAAGCUGAGCAGACCUUCGCCGAGGCACUGCAAUAUCUCAAGAAACAGGCUAAUUUGCCCGGUGACGCGGUUGCCACCUUCCACCUCUCCUGGACAGAACACUUUAUCGCCACCGGUGAUCUCACUCAAGCAGAAUACCAUCUUUCUCAGGCCCGGGCUGCAGUCGAGGCUGAAGCUAUGUCAGGCAAGGUCUCCCGUGCUCGGCGGAAAUAUCUGGUGGCCUAUGCUUCUUAUCUUCAUUCUCUCGUUACCCAGGAACGAGGUGAAUCCCACCAUGCUCUGGUCUACGCCCGAGAAAGCGUCCGCUGCAUCUUUCAGGACUGGGUCAAGGUAGAACAACAGUUAGCAGCAGCAAAAUCACCCGCCCGUUCCUCAACCGACGACUCCGCCAUGUUCAAUACCGACGACGCUACCUGUGACCUUUCGGCCACCGGAAAAGAGACGCCUUACCUGGGGCCAGAGUCGUGGAAGCUCGCCCUCACUCUGUACCGAAACACUCUACGCUUGUCGUCCAUUUACGCGCAUCUGGGCAUGUUCCAAGAGACGAUGUACUACGCGGAGCAGGCACAGAAGAUUGCCAAUAGCGCCAACUCGGGGAUUCUCAAAGCUGGCUGCGCGACCUGGAUGGGCUCGGUGUACGUCAAGGCGGCGAACAUUCCCAAGGCGAUGGAAAUGCUGCAGGAGGCGGCUAAUUUACUCCCGGAGGAAAGCAAUUCGUAUUCUUCGGCCGUGCUGGCUUGCCAGAUUGGGGCUAUGUGCUUGGAUCUAAAGAGCUUCGAGGGUGCCGAGGCGAUGAUUGGGAGGGCGGAGGCGAUUCUAGAAGGGUUGAUGGAGGUUAGUGCUGCGUCGGUGUCGGUUGCUGGGGAGAAGACGGAGAGUGAGGAGAAGGGAACAGCUAUGAGGGGACUCAAGGGGCCUGCGGCUGUACGGCAACUGUCGAAACCGGUCAAGAGUGUCCAUUCGAGACCUGCGCUUUCGGCGAGACCAAAGGCGGCGACACAUGUCUCUGCUUCUCGGUCUGUUGAGGAUGCCCAACUUUCGAAACUCAGAGCGGCGAUUAUGGUGCAAAAGGCUACGGCAAAACUGGCGAAGAGGGAUUGGAAUUCGGCUUUGGCGAUGCUUGAAGGUGUCAAAACGCGGUCCAAGAAGUCGUUGUCUGCAAUCAUCUCGGACGAGCAGAUGAUCAUGGCGUCCUGUCUGCUGGGCAUGAGCAUGGAGCAGAUGGCCCACGAUCCGGUGUUUUCGGUCAUUCAUGAUUCCACCAUUUCAUAUCCUGCGGUUUCUGAUUCCCAAGCAAAGGAUAGAGGUUCUGCAGGCCACCCAGCUCUUCUUCAAGAGAGAAAGCGGGUUGCCACUCAGGAUACCACAGAUCAGGAAAAGGCGGAGUACGUGGAUAAUCUUCGACAAGCCCAGCAAUCCCUUCUCGAGGCCCAUGCCGUGGCCACAGUCUGUGGCGACUCAAGUCUCAUUCACAAGAUCUCGGUCAUGCUGCAGAAUGUCGGUCUUCUUCUUUCCGCUACGGCAUCAUCCGGGAAGGCCAAAGCAUCCGCCUCUUCUGGACACACUGCCUAUUCGGUCGAGCUGGGCCGUAACCUCACAUGGCGCAGGGAACGCAAAGCUCUCAUGCUGGAGAAGAACGGACCCAAAACUGAUGCAUACAGCUGGCCUAAUUUCACGGACUUGCCUGUUGAGCCGCUUGGCCGGAUGAGUCUGGGCUUCUCACUGGACCUACAAAAGUUUCAGAGAGACUACAUUGACAUUAUCCCGAAGCCUUGGAGUGUGGUGUCCAUCUCACUGAGCGACAAUAAGCACGAUCUGUGCAUCACCAAGCUACAGGCGGGCUGCACGCCCUUCGUUCUUCGACUUCCUCUUGAUCGUGCCAGUUCGCGCGAUGCAGACAACGAGGUGUUCAACUACCAACAAGGAAGGGCCGAGUUGCUGGAAAUUAUUCGCCUGGCCAACGAAACUUGUCACGAUGCCAGAGACUUCACUGUCAAGGGCGCCAAGACUGCUUGGUGGGCAGACCGUGAGGCGCUGGAUAAUCGUAUGAAGGAUCUGUUGACGAACAUUGAGCAGAUCUGGCUCGGCGGCUUCAGGGGUAUCUUCAGCCAGCACCAGACCCAAGGCGGCAAGAGGAAGGAGUUGAUGAACAAGUUUGGCGCAACGUUUGAAAACAUGUUGGACAAGUAUCUCCCCAGCCGGAGACAGGUACACCAUCGCGGGAAGAAAGCUGGCGGCGGUCAGGAGCCGCAAUCAGAGAAAGUCACCGUUGAUCCUCGCAUCCUGGAACUCUUCAUCGGUCUCGGCGAUACCGGCGACCAAACUGUCGACCUUGACGAGGAACUAACCGACCUGCUCUACUUUGUCGUCGAUAUACUCCAGUUCCACGGCGAGCGCAACGCCUACGACGAGAUCGACUUUGACUCCAUGGUCGUCGAAAUGCUGGACGCCCUGCACGCCUAUCACGCGGCUGUCAACGAACUCGACGGAGGCGGCGACGAGCACGCUCACACCAUCCUCAUGCUUGACAAGGCUCUGCACGUUUUUCCCUGGGAGUCUCUCCCGUGUUUACAAAACCUGGCCGUAUCCCGCAUGCCAAGUCUUGGUUGUCUCCGCCGCGCCAUUCUAGACAUGAAGACCCCUCGACCUGCUGCUCAACCCGCAAAGGAAGAAGACGGCGACUCAAUAAUGUUGGACGCUGACGCCAUUCCCCUUGUGUCCACCGGGACAUUGUCAUCAUCACCACAAUCUCUUUCUCACCCGCAAGGCCACCACGCCUCUUCUGUCAACGGCACCUACAUCCUCAACCCCUCCUCCGACCUCCUCACCACCCAAAAGACCUUCAGCCCCCUCCUAACCUCCCACCUCGGCCCCUCCCCUCGCACCUGGACAUCCAUCACCGCUCGCCCGCCCACCGAGUCUGAAUUCGCCUCAGCCCUCACCAACUCGGACAUCUUGUUGUAUUUCGGCCACGGCUCCGGCGCCCAAUACAUCCGCGGCCGCACCAUCCGUCGCUUAUCCCCUCGAUGUAAUGCCACGGUCUUAUUGAUGGGAUGCAGCUCCGCCAAGCUGAACGAGGCAGGCGAAGGUUUUGAGGUCUACGGCCCGGCGUGGAAUUACAUGAUGGCGGGUGCGCCAGCGGUGGUGGGGACGCUGUGGGAUGUUACGGAUCGGGAUAUCGAUCGGUUUACGGGGAGGUUGUUGGAGGAGUGGGGGUUGUUUGGACCGGGCGUGUUUAGUAAAACGGAGGAGAAGAGAGAGGAAGAGAAGCGGAGGAGGAAGGGAAAGGGGUUGGAUAAGGCGGAUGAGGGUGAUUUGGAAAAGGAAGAGGGAGAGAAAGAGGAGGAGGGAAAGAAGGGGAAGAAGAGUUUGGUGGAAGCGGUGGCGAGCGCGAGGGGAGCGUGUCGGUUUCGCUAUGUCACUGCGGCUGCUAUUGCUGUUUAUGGUAUUCCUGUUUAUCUUCAGGACCGAGAGAAAUGAUGAAUGGGA